AUGGAAGAGGAAUUGACCCCAGAAAUUCUCGCUGCCCGCGCGAAACUGCGGGAGCGGUUUGGACAGGCAUCCCAGCAGCUUGGCGGGAAAGGGACUGCUCGCAGAAAGACGAAGAAAGUUCACAAGUCCGUCGUCGUUGACGACAAGAAGCUCCAGCUCACCCUGAAGCGACUGGGCGUGUCGACCAUCUACGGCAUCGAAGAGGUUCUUAUGAUUCAGGACAACGGCAAAGCACUUCAGUUCCUUACUCCGAAGGUGCAAGCUGCCCCUGCCGCGAACACCUACGUCGUGUCGGGCCACUAUGAGGAGAGGGCUAAUAUGUUUCCUGGGGGACUUCCCGGCAUGUUCUCGCAGCGUGGCGCCGGAGGAGCGGGUGGGAUGAACUUCGACACUUCCCUGAUCACUCCGGAUAUGCUCCGUCAGCUGCAGCAGCAUAUGUCUGCCCUGAAGACAGGCGCGGGGAGUGCAGCUGAAGGUACAGCGAGCGGAGCAGGCGAGGGCGCCGCAGGGACCGACGAUGCCAAGAAGGGAGAGGACGACGUCCCUGAGCUUGUUCAGAACUUUGAGGAUGUCUCGGAGCAAUGA